CCGUAUAGAUAUAGUGGCGUGGAGCCCAGACCUGGACCUUUGCUUUGCUGGCUUCAAGCUCUCCAUUGUUGGUAUUUUAUGGGGCUUGUCUGCUAAUACAAGAGAGAGAAACAUACAGAAGAAGAGUCAUAGCUCAUAGAGCGAACGAGAGAUUUGAGAGUUAUAAGUUGGAUUGGGCCGUUCUUUUAACAAAGACUUUCUCUUUUUCUGAAAGCAGACCUUUUUUCACUUCCCUUUUGUUUCUGCAACAAGUUCAUCAUCUACAAGAGCACUAGCGAAAAUCAGCCAAAACCCAUUUGCAAUUUUUCUUCUUCUUUUGUUUUGAUGGAUCCACAGAUCUAAUGCUUUUAUACCCACAUGAAGUUCUCCUUCCACUUUAAGAGUUAUUGUCUUUUGUGAACCGGUCAAAUUUCAAGAGAAAGAUUCAAUUUACUGCUGGUGUUUGUGGAUAAGAGGUUUGUUUGGGUGCUUGUCAAAUGUGGAUAAUUUGGAGGUUUCUUUGGAUGAGAUGAGGGAUGUUAUCUGGAUUGAUGAACUUUUUGAGGGCCUGUUUUCGGCCAAGAUCUGAUCCAUAUGUGCACACCAGUUCGGAUAGCAAUGGUCGCCAAGACGGGCUAUUAUGGUACAAGGACCAUGGGCAUCAUGUUAAUGGUGAAUUUUCAAUGGCAGUAGUGCAGGCCAACAAUUUACUUGAAGAUCAGAGCCAGAUUGAGUCAGGCAAUUUGAGCUUACAUGAGUCUGGCCCAUAUGGUACCUUUGUUGGAGUUUACGAUGGACACGGGGGACCUGAGACUUCGCGUUAUAUCAAUGAUCAUCUCUUUCAGCAUCUCAAGAGAUUUAGUACAGAGCAACAGUCAAUGUCAGUGGAUGUGAUUAAGAAGGCAUAUCAAGCAACAGAAGAGGGUUUUCUUUCUCUUGUCACUAAGCAAUGGCCUAUGAAACCACAAAUUGCAGCUGUUGGAUCAUGUUGUCUGGUUGGUGUUAUCACUGGUGGAAUCCUUUACAUUGCCAACCUUGGUGAUUCCCGUGCUGUAUUGGGUAGAGCUGUGAAGGCAACAGGGGACGUUUUGUCCAUUCAGCUCUCAUCUGAGCACAAUGCUUGUAUAGAGUCUGUGAGACAGGAGCUGCAAUCUCUGCAUCCGGAUGACUCGCAUAUUGUAGUUUUAAAACAUAAUGUAUGGCGUGUAAAAGGCCUCAUACAGGUCUCCAGAUCUAUUGGUGAUGUGUAUUUGAAAAAGGCUGAAUUCAACAGGGAGCCCUUAUAUGCCAAGUUCCGACUUCGUGAACCUUUCAAAAAGCCAAUUUUAAGUGCAGAACCAUCAAUCUCGGUGCACCAGCUGCAGCCACACGAUCAAUUUAUUAUAUUUGCAUCUGAUGGCCUUUGGGAGCAUCUUAGCAAUCAAGAAGCAGUUGAUAUAGUACAAAAUCAUCCACGCAGUGGAAGUGCGAGGAGACUGGUGAAAGCUGCUCUGCAAGAAGCAGCAAAGAAGAGAGAGAUGAGGUAUUCAGACUUGAAGAAGAUUGAUCGUGGUGUCAGACGACAUUUCCAUGACGAUAUUACUGUGAUUGUUGUGUUUCUUGACUCAGAUCUUGUAAGCAGAGCUAGUUCAGUCAAGGGCUCGAAUAUAUCCGUUAGAGGGGGUGGAAUCAGUCUGCCUCCUAAAACACUGGCUCCAUGUGCUACGCCAACAGAAGCUGGCGGUACCUGAUGAAGCUGUAUCUCCUACUUUUAUCUCUUGUAUUAUUCUCAUGUGAAUACCAGGUAGCUUCCAGAAGUGAGAGAGGAGCCACCCUUCAAUUCUUUAAUGUACACUGUAACUUUUAACUGAGAACUGAUACUUGCAUUUAGCUUCUGUGCAAACACUAGAACCGGAUAACUAUAAGGUGACAAUUAUUAUAGUUAUUUUUAGGAAUUUUUUUUUUCUUUUUUUGCCUUA